UGCGACUCAACAAAAAAGAGACGAAAAACAACCAUUUUCUUCUCUCGCCUGUCGGGUCGGGUCGGGUCGGGCCGGGUUCCAGGGUUCACUUCCGGUAGCAGGUAUUUUGGUAGUGAGGUGAGUUGAAUUGCAGUCACGGCUUCUAUGUGUAUCUGUUGUCGGAUGUCCAUUUAUUGGAUCUCUAGUCAGGUGAAUUGAAAUUGCAAUCGCUUGUUUCUCGAGUAUCGUGAUCUCUAGAAGAUUGUGUUUUUGUUUUGGAGCUGAUAUUCAGUUUCAGAAUUUCUUGUCAAGUUGAGUUGAAGUUGUUGGUUUGAACGAUAGAAUGGAUGGGAACAAGGAUGAGGCUUUAAGAUGCAUUGGUAUUGCCAAGGAGGCAAUUGCAUCUGGCAAUAAGCAGAAAGCGCUCAAGUUUAUCAGAAUUGCACGGCGCCUUAACAGUGAUCUGUCUGUGGAAGAUCUUUUGGCUGCUUGUGAAAAUCUGGAUUCGUCGACUCCCGGGUCCUCAAGUGAGGUUAGAAACGUUGAAAAUACGAAAAAUGCCCGGAUUCAUGUCAAGUCUGAUGAGGUAUCUGAUGGGGAGAGGAACUAUACCGAAGAACAUGUGCAGUUGAUUAGGCAAAUUAAGACUAAGAAGGACUAUUACGCGAUUCUUGGUCUAGAGAAGGGCUGUGCAGUUGAAGAGAUUAGGAAGGCAUACAGAAAACUGUCAUUGAAAGUUCAUCCUGACAAAAAUAAGGCUCCAGGCUCUGAAGAGGCAUUUAAGAAAGUAUCCAAGGCGUUCAAGUGUUUGAGUGAUGAUGAUUCGAGGAGGCAGUACGACCAGACAGGUUUGGCUGAGGAUUUCGAGUAUAAUCAGCAGCAUAAUGUUAGGCGCAGGAGGAGAACUGGGCACAGCUAUUAUGAUGAUGAUUUUGAUCCUGAUGAGAUUUUCAGGGCAUUUUUUGGUCGUUCUGAUAUGUUUAGGACAGCUCAUGUUUACAGGACAAGAACAAAUGCUGCUUCCCAGAGAGAGGAUUUAGGUUCCACUGGGCCUAACUUACUUCUCCUCCUUCAGUUAUUACCAUUUUUGCUAAUCAUCUUACUUGCUUAUCUUCCUUUCUCGGAGCCUGAGUAUUCCUUGCAGAAGAAUUACCAAUAUCAGUUUAGGAAGAUCACAGAAGAACAUGGAGUAGAAUAUUUUGUUAAAUCAUCUGAUUUUGAUCAGAGGUAUCCUCUUGGUAGUCCUGAUCGAGAUAACAUUGAAGACCAUGUUAUUAGGGAUUACAAAAAUAUGCUUGGUCGUUACUGUCAUAUAGAACUCCAGAGGCGACAAUGGAACAGGAAGUACCCAACUCCUCACUGUGACAGGCUUCAAACUUUUGGAGUAGCAUGAGGUCUGUUGACUAGAUGGAUGGAGCUCUUUCAUUUGGGAGUUGAAUAUUUUGCAUGCUUUGAAGAAGAGGCUUGGCAGAUAAGGCGAUUAAUGAAAGCUUCAUUUCCACGAGUUUUGAUCAGCCAUCGUUCUCGUCUUGUUAGGAUGUCUGUUCACUUGACAACACACAGCUUAGUAACUAAGAAAGAAUCGAGGCUGCUGACUUCUUAUUUACACUUUUCUUUUAGCAGUAUUGUUAUUCUUGCAGUGCCCGGUACUCCAUCUAUUAAUCGCUUCCACAACCUGCUAAUACAGCUGGUUAGUCACAGGAAACUGAAGGAUUGCAAAAUAUAAUGAAAUAAGCUUGGCAUGUUUUCUGGUGCUUGGAAUACCUUGCUUCCGAGAUAAAAACCUUGUAAUCUUGUAUACUAGCUAGUCAUGCAUAUUCACACUGUUCACCGUAUAAUGAGUGGUAUACGCAGGCAAUUUUUUUUUUCAGAAGUUCCCCAUUUGCUUAUUUGUUUUAGAAUCUAGCCAAUGCUCCCCGAGGUUUGUAUACACAACAUGCACUUUAUUAUGCUAUAUGAGUGUUGUAAUCA